AUGGCUUUGGGCAGUGUUUGCAGAGUUUGGAUUGUGUGGGUGUUGUUGUCCGGGACCCUGAGCCUGGGCUGUGAGAGGCUGCAGUUACUGCAAGAUCUCAACACGGACACUCUGGGCAAACUGAAUGAAAUGGCUCGCAGACACCGAUCCGACACUUUCCGGCGAUCUUUGAUUUUUCAUUUCCCUGGGCGGCCCCUUUCGUGGCAUUGUGUCAGAGAGAAGGUCCGGUUGAAAACACGGCCCUUGAAACUGGUGAACCUUGCAAAUGGGUUGUCGGCUCUGGAGAAGAUCCAGAUUGUCCUUCAAACACUGAGGCAAACCAGCGAGUUCUACAGCGAGGAUUCGGGCUCGGCCCCGUGGCCCCGCGAAGAGGUGGAAAUCUUCCGGCUUCUCCUGCAUCGGCAGAUCAGAGAGCCGGAGGAAUGCGCGUGGAAACGGGCGCCGGAGUCUCAGCAAAAGAGAAACAUUGCUGUUCACAAAUACUUUCGAAAACUGCGACGCUUUCGGAAACAUCAGAACUUUGGCGACUGUGCCUGGGAAAUGAUCCGUGCCGAGACAAGAGCCCAUUUACAGCAGAUCCUUCUCAUAAUGGCAAACACUAGGAGCUGA